AUGGAUCCUGGGUCCAUUUCCACAAACAGCUUUGACGGCUACAAGAAAGAAGCCGCCAACCUCUCCCAUAUCGAAGAGUUUGGUUUGCUCACAGCACUCUGGCGAGCUCUGGAUUCACAAGCCCCAAACCCCAUCCUCGGUGACCCCUAUGCCCAGGAAACGUUCGACCGUUGUCGUGUAGAUCAGGAGCAAACCCUCUUCAGCAGUGCCGAGGACCAGCGCUGGGUACGAUUUACCUGCAACCGGUCUAAGACUGUCGACAAGUGGUGCCAGCAAUUCCUGGAUCUUCAUUCCAACGAGAAAGUUCAGGUGCUGCAUUUAUGCUGUGGCCUAGAUGCCAGAAGCCUACGAAUGCAGUGGGGGGAGAACGUGCGUUGGGUUGAUAUCGAUCUGCCGAGCGUCGUCAAUCUGCGCAAGAGACUUGCGGAGUCUUUCCAUCACGACAGAUGGCUGGUUCAAAGAUACAAGGCUGAGAAGUUAUUUCGAGGUGUUGUGGACUACUUCGGUACAGGUCAAUUCGCCUUCGACACAUUGGGCACGCUCGUCCGAAAGUAUGAGCCAGACAUAUUAAGGAAGUCACCGCUGGAGAUCAGGUGGGUCAUCGACGACAUGCAUGCGGUCGAGAAGUUCCAUCCGAAGCUCAGAAUGAGGAGCAGGGUCCGCUGGCAGGAAUAUCUGGGCAACGAACUACCCAUGGGACAGAAUCUGCCACCGUUCUUUGGGCGGUGGACGACGGCGCUGAUGUCUGUGCGCAGUCACACGGCGUUCAAAUCCUGCUUACAGGUUGCGCUCUUCGACUUUGGGGAUCGGGCUUUGUCGGUGAACAGCAGCGUGUCUGCAGCCUCCAGCCAGCAGGAGGAAGUGGAGAGCAGUCUGGAGACUUCUUCAAGCCACCGCUCAGAACACGACGGUCGAACGGACCCGGAAUGA